GCCGCCAUCAUGGAAUACCAAAUGGACCAUGGCGCACUUGACAUUUAUAAAAUUGUUUUGAAUAAUCAUUUUAGAAACUUUAAAAACAUUUUUAUAUUUCAAUAAUGAAGCAAUCCAUAUUAGAUUCAAAGACAGAAGUCGAGAACCUCUGUAAGAUGAAAAUUGACAUUCCAUUUGAAUCGGAAGAAAAAGCAAAAAUUGUGUUGGACGUCCUCAAAGUAGACUCAGCCGAUCCAGACUCAGAUCAUCACUCAAAGGAGCAUAUCUAUGUAGCAGAUAAUACCUUGCAUGCUCAAUACACUGCCGAGACUCCAAAGUCCCUACGUUCUUGUGCCUCGUCGUUCUAUGAUAAGCUUAUUCUGAUUACCGAUUUGAUGAAGGAAUUUUCCCCUGCUCAGGCAACGGCAACAAACUAAUUAAAUCGAAAUGGUUAAAAACACACCCGGACCAGAACCACAUCGAGCAAUCUAUGGAUUUUCUUUUAAUUUAUUUUUCACAAGCUUAUUUGCCCUCUACGUCAUCUGGGUGCUUCCCUAUCAAGCUCUCGGGUUUUCCAAACAUUUCUACUU